AUGCUCCCAGAAUAUUUAAACAAUGUUUUGCCAAACAGUAAGGAUACUAUAGAGGAGAUACUGGUGGAACUAAAAAGUUUUAACUCCCGUCUUCCAGAAGAAUCUGGGAGUGAUAUUGAACUACAGGUCGUUCUUUUAAUUGAUACCCAUGUAGCCAUAAUUGGUAGGAAUAAGAGAGUGAAAAGCAUCAUAAGGAACCUCAGUGAUGGGGACCAAAUGGUGUUGAGGGCAGACAAAGGAGAGACGGUGGCUGUUAUGUCUUUGGAUGACACUACCACAUACAAGGUAAAGCAAAGCUCCGAGAUGUGGUAUGUUUCAGUUAAGAAUUCUUGUGAAUUCGUUACCUUAGUUGACGAGCAGGAGAUACAAAGUUGGAAUUUGCUGGUUAAUUUUGAUGUCGAGUACACUAAAAUUCCUGUGGACGAUGUCAAACAGGAUCUGCAAUCCACACUGGACCAACACCCGGAGAUUUUAGCGAGUACGAAGUUAUGUAGUGUCGAUAAUGAUACCGACCAACCUGGCGUGGCACUGUUCAUUGUUUAUCUGUAA